AUGCCUGCUCUGACCAAGUCAUCGUUCUACCUUCCACUGGUGGAUAUCACGCCUUUUCUGGAAGAUCCUCAGGGGGCUGCCGCCCAGGAAGUCAUCGACUCGGUGCGUACAGCAUGCAGGUCAACUGGCUUCUUCCAGAUCAAGGGCCACAAGGUCCCUCUCAGACUGCAAAAAUCGGUCUUUGAGGCUUCCGCUCGAUUCUUCGCCCUUCCACUGAAGAACAAGCUUGAGCUUGACAGCCGAAAGACUGUUGGAUUCCGGGGCUACGAUGUGAUGGAGACUCAAUCAUAUGAGCUCGAGUUUGGAGCUGUUCAGGAGAGCGAUGCGCUGCGAGACAUCAAAGAAGGCUUCUUCACCUCAACGGAUCUACCUCCUGACCAUCCCCAUGUGGCGAACGGCCGCUUUUUGCAAGGCCCUAACGUCUGGCCAAAACCCGAGCAGCUCGCACCCGUGGAUUUUCAGGUCGUUCUAGAGGAGUAUUUUGCGGAGAUGCAGCGCCUAUCUCAUGUGGUUCUGUCGCUUUUCGCAGCAACACUGCCCCACGGACCCAAUGUAUUCGACAACCUUGAGACUAAUGACCCCAUGUCUCUGCUUCGACUUCUCCAUUAUCCGCGGGGCUUGGAGAAAGAGGAUGGGAAGAAGCUCCAGCUAGGUGCUGGUGAGCAUACUGAUUUUGGGACCUUCACACUCUUAUUGCAAGACAACUGUCCCGGUCUUGAAGUUCAGGAUAGCAUGACAGGCGAGUGGCAUGGAGUUCCCCCCCAAGAGGAUGUGUACAUUGUGAACGUGGCCGACAUCCUUUCCACCAUGACAGAAGGGGACUACAAGAGCAGCGUGCACCGCGUAUGGAAUAGAAAGAGCGAUGACCGGUACAGUGUGGUGUUCUUCUACGAUGGCAACCUGGACUACAAGGUGGAACCUCUCGGAAGCUCCAAGCAGGGCGAAAAUGAGGAAAUUGAUGCUCCUACCAUUGAAGAACACGUGAAAUCGCGCCUGACCGCGAGCUACGGUAUUCAAAAGAAAUAA